AUGGGAGCCGGUGCCUCCGACCUCACAGAGCUCUGGGUGAAGGCUGGCCAAGAUGACUUCAAUGAUUUUGUGAGAAGCCUCCCGCAGGAACAGCGCGACAAGCUGUCCUGCGCAUUCCACUACGCCAUGGGCACGCAAGUGGCACCUGGCAUCGCGGGACUCGAGCAGGAUGAGCUCUCCCGAUAUUUUGCAGGCUCUUACCUACAGGGAAAGCUCUUCGAAGGUACAAAAUAUACUAAGGAAGCGUUCGACGAAGUUUUCAGGUACGAUGCAUCAGAUGGGCCUGUGCAGAUCUGGUGCCAUGCCUUGGAUCUGCGAGACCUCCAGGCCGCGCGAGACGACAAUGACCUCAUCAUCGUUUAUCACUACACCAACGAGCUUGCGUUCCUGAACGUAACAAACCCUGAGCAGACGGCUGCUGAGCUCUUUGCGUCCCUGCUGGACUCACGUGCGCACUUUGGAAAGGGAGUUUAUGGCACCCGCCAUGAGUCUGCAGUAUGGGGCUCGCGUCUUCAAAUUUUGCUGAACAACUACAGCAACGGUAGCCCGCUGUGCGCCAGCGAUGCUGAAGCUGAACGCGUUGCGCGGGAAUGGGGUGAUGCAAAUCCGCAGGGCCACCGUGCUGCAUUCUGUGUUCCUAUUCUGGCACCCAAAGCAGUGGCCUUCAACAUCUUUGAGCGGCAAACGCCGGACAUGAUCCAAAAGAUCGUGCAGGACCCUGACACUGGAAAGCAGCGCCCCAUCGGCCUGGGCGAGGACUACAGAGGUCGCCCGGUACAUCGCGAUCGUGACGUCUUUGUGCUGCGGGUGGAAAAUACCUCUGGCGAGGUGCAGAACGCCUCCGCUGGAGCAGACGGCCUUUUGCGGUUGCUGAGACUGCGCCUGGCCCACCUUCGCGAUACCAGGGGCGAUGUGGACGAAGCCACACUGUUCUGCAUGUUUGAGCUCGGGCGCAGGUUAGGUGGCCGCGCCCUGUACGAGGAAGCUGAGACGCUCAUGAGGGAAUGCUUGGCGGGACGACGUGCUAAGUUAGGUGAUGAUCACAUGGACAUCCUCCCCAUCAUCAACAACCUUGCACAGCUUCUCUUGACUUCAGGCCAGGUGGAGGAGGCGGAGCCCUUGUUCCGUGAGGCUUUGCGUGGCAACCGGGCCAAGUUUGGCAAUGAUCACCCCAACACGCUCUCGAGCGUCAACAACCUAGCUUCGCUGCUCCAGGAAAUGGGGAAGUUGGAGGAGGCUGAGCCCCUCAACCGCGAGGCCCUCGAGGUGCGACGGGUCAAGCUUGGCAAUGAGCAUCCGGACACGCUGACCAGCAUCAACAACCUAGCUUCGCUUCUCCAAGCCCAGGGGCGAUUUGGUGAGGCCGAGCCCCUUUUCCGUGAGCAGCCAGGUUGCUCAACGCCCAGAAGCGGGUAUGGGAGGCCGAGCCCCUUUUCCGCGAGGCGCUUGAGGGGAGGCGGGCCAAGCUUGGCAACGAUCAUCGGUUGA